AUGUCGCCUAGACCUUCUUACCAAACAUAUUGCGAAGAGUUUGACGAGGUCGCCAACGUUGUUUUGCCAGAGACCCGGAAGGUUGCCAACGUAUCUGCCAAACGAUCCCGCCCUGAACUCGUCCCCUCCGGCCCUAGUGCAGACGGUGCGAGCGAUUCUGGUUACUCGAGCCGGACGGCCAUUACUGUGGGGAGUGGUGACUCUUUCGCUAGUGGCACUGUGAGCCCUACUUUUCCGCCAUUGGCUGCCUCCGCUCCUAAUCGUGAUACUCCUCGCUCCCGGGGUCGAGUCGACGGAAAGGAAAAGGAUCGUUCUGGCAACAAAGGAAGAGAGAAGAAGGAGACCAAGGAAAAUACUCAACCGCCUCCACCGCCCCUGGCACCCAUCAAGACCAUGCCUGUCGCUUCACCCCGGAGCUCAAGCAAACCACCCUCUCUGCACAAGAGCUCGUCAAAAUCCCACAAAAGGGACUCUGGCGGUGCAAGACAUCAUCCAGGUACGUGUUGGGACUGUGAUCAGUGGGGUAUUCACCAGGCAGCUCUCGCCGGCAGCGUCGACUCUCGUACGAUGGAUUCAGCUGGUUAUUUCCAGCCUCACGCCCCUCGGGGCUAUGAGAUCCCUCCUUCCCCUCAGACAUCUCAAUACCAUCCUCAGGGCAGGCAGGAGAUGCAUGCGGCUUCUCCUAUCGUGCCGCCGCCGCGUCCUCAUCGAUCCAACUCCUAUCACUCCCAAGGCAGACCUGUGAGCUUCCACGCUGGAACGAUGCCGGAUAUGAAUAUGAUGUAUAUGCCCAUGGGCCCUCCGUCUGCCUACGGGCAUGGUCCCCCGCUUUCGGCAUCUGCAUAUGCCAAUAAUUUCUAUUCUUCGUCUCCUUACAUGGGCGAAGUUACUGUCCACCAGUCUCCCAGCCAGUCUUACGAGCCUACGCCACGGUCAUCCCACGAGCGUCCUCGGGAACGUCCACGCACGAUGUCGAUUUCGAAGCCUACCACCGAGAAGCCCAGGCGACCGUCGGUUUACAAACGACCUGUCGUGGAAUACAAUACUGCUCCUUCGACUCCAUAUGAACCUGAGGAGUACGAGCCAAUGCCGCCUCCGGAACGUCGAACCCGGAGGCAAUCUCGCUCCUACGAUCCAGACGAGGAUUACUAUCGCAUGCCUCCGCCACAAAAUCCCACCCCGAAAUAUAAACAGCCAAGUCAGGUCAUCCCAAUCGCUAAGCGUCCUACAGCCCGGAAGUCAAGCACUACCUCCUCGGCACCAACUAUCCACCGUCCCGAAGCAUAUGAUAUGUCAGACAUGCGUGCUGCCCUUCCGAGUAGAAUGGGACGGAAACAAUCCCGUGACCCGAUGAUGGAGCCUGAGCAUGAACCUGAACGUCGACCAAGCAUGCCUGCUCCUCAAAGGGAGAGGCGUCGGCCAACAACUUAUUACGAUUCCGGCCCUCGAAGAAUCGUGGUUGAAAAUUCACGUCGCCGUCGCUCUUCUAUCUAUGCAAUGGAGCAGCCUCGCGAAAUGGAACAGAAACAACGGGAGGCUGAAGAGUACCAAUCUCGUGCCCAGCGAACCGUUCCUAUGGCACCUGAAGAGUACCAGCCGCGUCCUCAGCGAGCUCCCCCGAUGAGCCAGGAAGAGUAUCAGCCACGUGCUCAGCGAGCGCCUCCUAUGAACCCUGAGGAUUAUCAACCGCGCCAUCAGCGAGCGCCUCCUGUGAAUACCGAAGAGUAUCAGCCACGCCAUCACCGAGCGCCUCCUGUGAAUACUGAAGAGUAUCAGCCACGCCAUCAGCGAGCGCCCCCUGUGGAACCCGAAGAGUAUCAGCCACGUCCUCAACGAACAGCCCCCUUGACCGCAGAAGCUCUUCGGAAAGUGAGGACCCAAAAAGUCGAGAUUGACAGCGAUAGCGAGGAGACGUCUUCUGAAAGCAGCCACGAGAGCGAUAUCCACACCAAAAACGGAAGUGGAGUUGGCAGCGGCGUCGGCAGCGGCGUGGGUAGUGGCGUUGGUUCUCGAGCAGAUGACGAUAGCAUCACCAUGAUUUUCCGUGGGGUCAAAAUUGACCUUUCUGGUGACACUAUGGACAAGCGGAUCAAUUUUCGAUCUGGUGACGAAGGGGCCCUGGAAGUGAACAUUGAAGGGAGAAGGGGCCCACGGCGGUACCUCAUGUCACGAUCCGAUACUACUAGUCUGGCUGGUAGCAGACGAGAGAUCGAGGACGUCCGGCGGAUUCGAGAUGAUAUGCGGUCCGAGCGCGAGAGUCGGCAUACUUCAAGUCGCUCGGGUUAUAGCGGCCGUGGUCUCCUGGAGUGA